AGGGGGCGCUGCCCGGCGGUGGUUGCAGCGGUCUGGAGCUCGCGCCUGCCGGGUCUCGUGUAUCGCCUCAGGCGAGCGCCCCGUGGGAUCGCACCCGGGCCCCGUCGGCAGGAUGAGUCUGCAGAUUUUAAAUGCAGAAAAUGGAGAAAACGGAGGAAACGUCAAGGAUGAUUUAAUGGCGGAAGACUCGGGCUUUUUCUUUGCGCCACCAGAACUUACAGGGAGACCUUCGAUUCUCCGUCCGUCUCAGAAAGAAAAUUUGCCACCAAAAGGUGUGGCAAAAGCUAUGAAGGUAACUUUUCAGACUCCUCUAAGAGAUCCUCAAACUCGAAAAAUCUUAAGUCCCACUAUGAUGGACAAACUUGAUGCUGCUUUGACACUUGAUGAUUGCAGUGAAGCUGCUGUGGACGAUCUCUUAUCUGCACCCUUCAGUGUUGAGUUAAACACUGAAGGAGAAUGGGAGGGGCCUGAGAAGCUGAGCCAGCCUGGGGCUGAACUCUUGCAGGGAAGAGGCACUCAAACCCGCAGUAUAUGUCAACAAAAGGCUGAAGCAAACAGUACAGUGACAAAUACACAAAUGCCGGAGAAGGUCAGCACAGCUCCUUACCCAGAUGAUGAGAUGCCAGUGAAGAGUCGAGGUUCCUACAAUCUUGAUUUUGAUAAUUUAAAUGACUUCAAUCCAUUUCAAAGUUCAGUGCAGUUGCAACAUUCUCCUGGAAAUGUGCAGAAGUCUCCUGUAAGAGUAUCUAGCAGUCCUGAGAAAAGUUGUAAAAAAAGUGAAGAUACUCUUCUGGAUGAUACAGCUCCUUUUGCUUCAACCACAGCAAGUACAGAGUGCUCAGGUGAAGAGGAAGUGGUUCUCUUACCUGGAAAAGAACCUGUGUUAAGACACCUGGAGCCUGAGAAGUCUAUGCUGUCCCCUAAGCAAGCAGUCAGUGACUCUGUUCAGGAUGCUAAGUCUGCUUCCACAGAUGUCAGCCAAAUGGAUAAUUCAGUAGGAUUAGCAGAAGCAGCUACACCAGUCCAGUUAUCUGGCAACUUAGAUUGCAGUAGUUCUGAUGUAAUUAAUUCUUCUAAGACUGGGGAAUCAAAGCUUCAGAAUGUUUCUGUGGCAGGGAAAACCUCUGCAGAAGAGCUGUCUGUCUCCACAGAGGAGCCUGCAGAAAAGUCUAGUGUCACCAAGGCUGGACCAGUAAAACUGGAAUUUGACUUUGAUAAUACCACUGUUAGAAAGCCACCUCCUAAGAAACUGGGUAAAAGACCUGGAAUUAAGCCACCUUCCAAAAAAAUUCCUGUUACCAAAACAAAAAUAGAGAAUGCUGAAGUGCAAAAUAGAAGUCAUGUGGAAGAUGAAAUCCCUGUUCCCAAAGCAUCUUACAAGUUUGACUGGGACAAAAUUGAUGAUCCAAACUUCAAUCCAUUUGGAGGAGGAUCUAAAAUUUCCACCUCACCUAAGUGUUCUAAACCUAGCCCUCAGAAAGCUGACCUGCAAGAGGAGCAGGAUGGUACCUCAUCAAGAAGGGAGUCUCUUCCAGUAGGGCAAGUUGACACAUCAAGUACCUGUGAAACUCUUGAGGAAAGAGAACCCAAAAGUCUGGAAAUCAUCAAAGAGAGUAUACUGGAAGACAAACCAAGAACUCAAGACAACAAGGCAGGAUUUCAAACAGAAGCUGAACUUCCAGAAGAGAUAAACAUGGAGAAGCAAAUGCGCCCAUCUAAAAUGUCUCUGACUAGUGGCCCCUCUCAAGAUAAUUUGGUUUCUGCUGACAGUGGAAAGAAGUCCAUGUCUACAGAAGGAAAUAAACCUAUCUCCAACAGAACUGAAAUAACAGCAGAUGGGCAUACAGCUAGCACUGAACCUGAAGAGCUCUUCAGACCAUCAUCAGAAGUUCUAGGAAUGGGCAUGGAAAUAGACUACCUGGAACAGUUUGGAACUUCAUCAUUCAAAGAGUCUGCCUUGAGGAAACAGUCGUUGUAUUUAAAGUUUGACCCUCUGUUGAGAGACAGUCCGAGAAAACCAGUUUGUGGUACUAUUGAAAAAAAUGUGAAUGUCACAACAGCUGCACUUCAGCAUGGUCUUGUUACUGAUCCAAGUAAAUUGCUUGAAGCUGAACAGCCUACAGUGAGUUCUCAAAAAGAAGAAAAACCAAAAGGACUGGAUCUUCUGGGAACAUUUACAACUUCUAUACAGGACAUAGUUCCUCGAACUCCAGCCUCCCCAGCUGGGGACAUUGCUCCAGACCUCUUUGCUGUUUCCACAAACACUGAAAUGGAUGCUAUUAUAGAUGUGCUAAAAUAUAGCCAGAGAGACAUGGAUGCAGCUGUGGAGCUGGUUACAAGAGAGGUUCAAGAGAAAGAGCUGGAGAUUCAGGAAUGGAAAAACAAGUAUGAUAAGCUUAAUGCAGAAUACAAGGAAAUGGGGAAAAUAAUUACUGAGUUUGAAGUUACAAUAACACAAAUAAUGGAAGAUGCUCAGAAGCAAAAGGAAUUUUCAAAAAAAGAAAUUCAGAAGAUAGUGGAAGAGAAGCAACACGUUAUUUCAGAUCUGAACUCUAUGGAGAAGUCUUUCUCUGAACUCUUCAAACGAUUUGAAAAGCAGAAAGAAGUGCUUGAGGGUUACCACAAAAAUGAAGAAGCUCUGAAAAAAUGUGCUGAAGAAUACCUGGCUAGAAUUAAAAAAGAGGAGCAGAGAUAUCAGAUACUGAAGGCACAUGCAGAAGAAAAGCUACAUCAAGCAAAUGAGGAAAUUGCCCAGGUCCGAAGCAAAGCCCAGUCAGAGACUGCAGCACUCCAGGCCAGUCUCCGCAAAGAACAAAUGAGGAUCCAGUCUUUAGAGAGGAGCCUUGAGCAAAAGACUAAAGAAAAUGAUGAACUAACGAAAAUCUGUGAUGACUUGAUCCUGAAGAUGGGAAAAAUUUGAUAGGUCGACUGUCUUGUAAAUGUUGAUUCACUUCUGACUUCCUGUCCUGUCUGUUCACUCACUCUUUUCCCCACAUACAUAAUAAAAACAUUUUAAUUUGUC